AUGGAUAUUAAUAUCUGCUUUUAUAAAUUGUCAAUAAUAUCAUUAGAACGUGAAAAUUCUGAUAAAUUACUUAAAGAGAAUAAAGUACUUAAACAAAAAGUCGAUGCACUAGAAAAAGAAAAUAAGUUAUUAAAAAAAUCCAUAUAUGAUUUAUCAGUGAAGUAUACAACGGUUGGUUAUCAUCAAAAAAUAGGGCAUUUUACAAUAUUUGAUCAGGAUGAACCAGUACAAGAUGGUGGGAAAGAAAUCAAGGAAAUAAAUUUGGAAAAUUCAACUGAAGGAAGAACUUUUCAUCCAAAAUCUGAAUUUAAGGGACAUGUCGGAGCAGUUUAUGCAAUACAUUUUUCGCCUUGUGGCAAAAUGCUUGCAUCGGGGUCAUUUGAUAAAACAGUUCGAAUAUGGGAUACUGUAUCUUUACAAAAAGAGCAAGCUUGUUUGAAAGGACAUACAUUAAAUGUAUCGGAUGUUUGUUGGUCAAAUGAUUCUAAUUCAGUGUUAUCAGGAGCAUAUGAUCAGACAUGUAAAUUAUGGGAUAUUGAGACAAACAGAUACAUACAUUCAUUUGAAAGUGAAGGUUUUGUUCAGUGUGUAAUGUUUAAUCCACAAGUUAUUGAUGUCAGAAAAUCAGAAAAUUCCAUCAAAUUGAAAAAUGAAGGGAUGAUAAAUUCUUUGUAUGUUUGUCAAGAUGGUCAAAAUAUUAUUACUGGUGAUUCCAUGGGAUUCUUGAAAACCUGGGAUAUUAGAAAUGGAUUGGCAUUUCAAUCAAUUCUCAAUGAACAAACCAAAAAACCUAUUUCUCAUAUAGCAAUUCCACGAAAAAGUUUUACUUUUACAUUUAUUGGAAUAACAACAGUAAUAAGGAUGUAUGAUCGUGGAAUUGAGCCACCAAAAACUCAACCUCGGUUAAUCCAUCUAUUAAAAGGAUAUAAAAAUAAAGGAUGGCCAAUCAAAAGCUCAUUUUUUAUUGGAAAAGAUCAUCAAUAUACUAUACCACAAUAUACUAAUCUCAAAGAUAUAUAUGAUGACAGUGUUGAAUUGGUGGAUGAUGUUGCAGAUAGUACUACAUAUGAAAAAGAUAAGCCUUUAGAAGCAAGUUUGUUAUUAGCUACAGGAAGUGCAGAUGCGUAUGCAUAUUUAUUCAAUGUUGGUGGUCCGGAGGGCACGGGAGAGUUAAUUCAAAGAUUGGAAGGUCAUACUGAUUUUGUGUAUGCAGUAGAUUUUCAUCCCAUUGAACCAAUAUUAGCAAGUUGUUCGGCUGACUGUACUAUAAAACUUUGGGCACCAAAUAGCAAAGGAAAAAAGAAGAAUUAA